AUGGAUAAUUUCGACGAAAAAGUUGAUGAAAUAAAGCUUGUUCCCGCCAAAACUGCAAAAGAAAUGAAAGCUAUAUGUCGCCCAGAAUUCUAAAAAAACCCUUCAAAAUACUAUCCUACAAAAGUAUUUGAAAAAUUUGGUUACACAAGAAACCAAUGUCCUAAAUGCGGAAACUUUUACUGGAGAGUAUCUGAAAAGCAAGACACCUGUGGAGAUUCCCCGUGUGUCGGAAAAUAUACAUUCAUAGGAAAAGGAACCGGUAUUGGAGAAAAGGGAAAAAAAAUUACAUACAAAGAUGCAUGGGAUAUUUUUGAAAAAUCAUUAACAUCUACCAGAAUUCCAUGUUCAACCGUAAAACGUUAUCCAGUAACAGCUAGAUGGAGAAAUGAUGUAGAUUUUGUUGCUGCUGGUAUUUAUUGUUUCCAACCAUAUUGUGUAACAGGUGAAUUAUAGCCCCCUGCUAAUCCUUUAAUAUAACCUUAAUUUUGCGUUAGAUUUAAUGAUUUAGACAACAUUGGUUUAACCGGUCGACACUACUCUGGUUUUGUUAUGUUAGGUAUAUAAUCGUUUAACUAUCCUGACAAAUUUGUAUUUUUCAGUGAAGAGUGUGUAGAAUUUAACUUGUAAUGGUUAAUUGAAGGUAUGGAUGUUCCAAAAGACGAAAUUACUUUAAUUGAAGAUGUAUGGUCAGGAGGUGGUAAUUUGGGAUCUUCGAUUGAAAUUUUUGUAAAAGGGCUUGAAGUUGGAAAUAUGGUUUUUACAAUGUUUAAAUACUAUCCUGACGGAAAACUAGAAGAACUAGAUAUUACAGUAAUUGACGUAGGAAUUGGUUUGGAAAGAAUUCCUUGGCUAAUUAAUGGAACUCCUACCUCUUAUUUUGAUGUAUUCCAAGAGGCAUAUAAAUAUUUACAAAGUAAACUCAAUAUAGAUACUCAUACUGAUGUCUGGGAAAAAAUAGGGCCUUAUACAUGCCAUUUAAAUGCAGAUGAAUCUGAAGAUAUGUAAAAAACGUGGGAGAAAGUAGCGAAUUCAAUUGGAAUGAACGUAGAAGAUACUAAAAAAGCUAUUACUCCAGUAAAAGAAUUAUAUAUAAUAUUAGAUCAUACAAGAACAGCUUUUGUCACUAUUUAUGAUGGAUGUCUUCCUUCUAAUGUUGGCGGUGGUUCCAAUAUAAGAAAUAUUAUCAGAAGAGUUUUCGCUAUUUUAAAAAAAAAUAAUUGGUGGGAAAAACUAGGAGGAAUUGAAGGAUUUACUGAAAUUUUUGAAAAACAUAAACUCGACUUAAGCUAAUUAUAUGGAGAUUUUCUCCCUUAUAAAUCUUUUGAUGCCAUUAUACGUAUGGAAUAUGAAAAAUGGUCCAAUACAGAUUCUGCUUAAAAGUAAAAACUAGAGCGUCUUUUCCAAAAAACAAAUAAAUUGAACCUAAAUGACUGGAUUGUAGCCAUAGAAUCAUGGGGAAUGCCCCCAGAUACAAUUUCUGAGAUUACAGGUCUUUCAUAACCUGAUAAUUUAUGGUAUGAAAUGGAUUUAAGAAAAUAAAAAUUAACAAAGCCUCCUGAGUAGAUUUUAUAUAAAACAGCUCAUUUACCUGAAACAGUUUCGCUUUUUUACAACGAGAGUUUUUCAGCUUCAGCUUUUGAUGCAAAGGUAGUUGAUAUAUUCGCAGAUAUUAAAAAUGCAAAUAAUAGAAAUAUUGUUAUUUUAGAUUAAUCAGCCUUUUAUCCUACUUCUGGUGGUCAAUUACACGAUACAGGUGUACUUACAAUUGAAAAAGAGCACUAUAAUGUAUUAAAUGUAGAAAAAGUAGGAAAAUGUGUCCUACAUAUACUAGAUAGACCUCUUCCUAAUCCUGAAAACAGUCAUUAUAUUGGCAAAAUAGUAUAAGGAUAAAUCGAUGAAAAAAGAAGAAAAAUUCUAAGAAAUCACCACACAGCCACCCACAUUAUAUUUGCGGCAUGCAGAAGAGUAUUAGGUCCUCACGUGUGGUAAAAUGGUGCCAAAAAAACUCUAGAAAACGCCCAUUUAGAUAUCACUCAUUUCUCUUCAUUGACUAAAGCUGAAGAAAUCGCAAUAGAGAGUGAGGCUAAUACAAUUGUUUUAGAAGGACUAUCUAUCAAAAAAAGUUUCAUGGACAAAGCUGAUGCUGAGAAAGAAUAUGGUUUUAGAUUAUAUUAAGGAGGUAUUGUACCAGGAAAUUCACUUAGAGUAGUAAAUAUUAAAGAUACUGAUGUAGAGGCUUGUUGUGGUACUCAUUGUGAUAAUACUAGUGAAGUAGGAUUUAUUAAAUUAUUAAAAACUCAUAGAAUUUCAGACGGAAUUCUAAGAUUGUACUAUGUUGCAGGGGAAAAGUCUAUUGAAAGAUUAGGAAAGGAAACCUAAAUACUUAGUGAUUUAUAAAAAUUAUGGGGUAUUACUCAAAAUGAAAUUGUUUCAACUGCUUAAUGUAUAUUUACUGAUUUUAAGUCUUACAAAAAAGAAGCUGAACAUUAAAAGUAGAAAAUUUUAAAUUUCUAAAUUAAAUUGUUAAGCUAGAAUUAGCAAUAUAAAAAUGUUUUCGUUAAAACACCAGAAAAAGAAGCUAGUAUUUAUUUCUCGUAUAUGGGUUAAUAUGCUUAAUAAAUGAAGGACUUAGGAAAAGGUAUUAUUUUUAUUGCAGAAAGUUUUGUUUUUGGAUAAUUUGGUAAUAAUAAUUCAUUUGAUUAAGCUAAAUUUUUGGCUUUACUUUAGGAAGAAGAGAAAAAUGCAGGAUUGAAUUAUAAAAAAUUAUAGAAUUAAGUUAGUUUUAAGGAAGGAAAAAAAGCUGUAAAAGUAGAUAAUAUUAUUUAAUUCUCAUUCACAGGAGUUAUAAGAUAUGAUAAAAUUAAAAAUUAUUUAAUUCAAAACGGAUUAUUAGAAGCAUUAGAUUUAUGAUGAUGAGAAAAUUAUAUUUACAAAAAUUAUAUAUUUUAUUAAAGAAAAAAUUAUAAAAUCCAAAAUUAUCU